UCGACUGAUUUGAAGGACGUUUCACUUCACCUUAACUGCGUGGGGAAAAAAACAGCUGACGAGGCGUUACUCGUUGCCGCAUGCCCCGCAACUCGACGUACUCGCAUCGCGAUAAUUAAACUGGCACGUAUUCAACAGUGGCGCGCGUCAUCGAAAGUGUCAAUGCAUUGACUCCCUAUUAGUUGUCAAAGAACCCUCUUUGGAACAAUCGUAAUUUUUAUCUCGGGACGUCGCGCACGAAAAAAAAAAAUUCUUUCCCAUUUUUACCGCCGUCAACGCUGGGUGUCGAAACGAACCCGGGGGAACCGUGCCUCGAGUGCUUACCAAAUAUGUGCUAAAUCCUCGUAAUCGGUUACCCGUUACCGAAAGAAUGGAGAAAAAGUGUUCUUCCCGGGAGCGAUAUUGCACGCGACCGGGAUUUCGGACGUUGCAGAAUUUUCCCGAUCGGGUUAUACCUCGUAUACGCGUGCUCGCAUGAGUAAAGAGGCAGAAAUCGAUUAAAAUAUAUUUUAAUACAGGAUGUAAAGUAAACUUCGGACUCGCUACAUGGAAGACCUCUUCGCGCGGAUGGAUUCGGAAGAGGCGAGGGCACAAAAUUCCGAGAUACGCGUCACCGCGUAUCGGGAUAGGACAUCCUUGUCCGGGUAGAUACGCGAAAUAGACGUUCCCGGGGAUGACUCUCCUAGGAGCGUUCUCGGCAACGCGGAUCGCGUUGUCCUACGGCCAGGAAGUGGGCUUCCUGGUGUUCCUUCGGUUCCUGAUAGUCCUGCUCCGCCAGGACAUCCUGGACAAGGAGAACCGGGUCGAGGCGAUUCCGCCGAAGGAGCUGCUCCCCAGCUACGACUUCGUCAUCGUCGGCGCGGGCUCGGCAGGGUCCGUCCUGGCGAACAGGCUCUCGGAAAACCAGAACUGGACGAUCCUGCUGCUGGAGGCCGGAGGCGACGAGACGAUCCUCUCCGAGGUGCCGCUGGCCUUCCCGACCCUCCAGCUCACUUCCCUGGACUGGCAGUUCAAGACGGAGCCCUCUUUGGGGUACUGCCAGGGCAUGAUCGGGAACCGGUGCAACUGGCCGCGAGGGAAGGUCCUGGGGGGCAGCAGCGUCCUGAACGCCAUGCUCUACGUCCGGGGGAACAGGCGCGACUACGACCUUUGGAGCGACCUGGGGAACCCGGGCUGGGACUUCGAGAGCGUGCUCCCGUACUUCAAGAAGUCCGAGGACAUGACCAUCCCCGAGUUGAGGGACUCGCCUUUCCAUGGAACCGGAGGGUACCUGACGGUGGAGAGGUUCAGGUACCGCGCUCCCAUCGCCGGCUAUUUUUUAAGAGCCGGCCAGGAGAUGGGCUACCGGGAGGUGGACGUCAACGGGCCCAGCCAGGCGGGCUUCGCCCUCUCCCAGGGCACCCUGAGGGACGGACUCAGGUGCAGCGCCGCCAAGGCGUUCCUCAGGCCUGCCUCGAAGAGGAGGAACCUGCACGUCGGCACUCGCUCCACGGUGGACAGGGUCCUGGUCGACGCGGACUCCAGGGUGGCCUUCGGGGUGGAAUUUCGCAGGGGGGUGAAGAGAUACGUCGCCCACGCCAGGAGGGAGGUCCUCCUGGCCGCCGGGGCCGUUCAGUCCCCGCAGCUGCUGAUGCUCUCCGGGGUGGGGCCCAAGGAUCACCUCCGGGAGGUCGGGGUGCCCCUCGUCCUGGACAGCCCGGGGGUCGGGAGGAAUCUUCAGGAUCACGUCGCCAUCGGAGGCAUGACCUACCUGAUCGAUCCUCCCAAGGAGUGCCCGGAACCUACGGGGUUCGCGUUCGUGUUGCCCAGGUUCCUCACCCUGGCUUCCAUCAAGCAGUUUUUGGGGAAUCGGACCGGACCCUUGUACAUGGUGCCCGAGUGCGAGGCCAUGGCCUUCGUCAAGACCAAGUUCGCCGACGCAUCCGACGACCAUCCGGACGUUCAGCUCUUCCUGGCUUCCUCGGCCGACAACUCCGACGGGGGCCUGUUCGGGAAAAGGGGAUCCGGACUGAAGGACGAGUUCUUUGCGACUCUCUACGAGGAUAUCCUGUACCGCGACACUUACUCGGUGAUUCCCUUGUUGACGAGACCUCGGAGCAGGGGAUACAUCGAACUGAGAGACGCCGACCCGAGGCGGCAUCCCGUCAUCGUGCCUAAUUAUUUUUCCGACCCCCACGACCUGGAGGUUUUGGUCGAGGGGGCGAAGUUCGUGCACGACAUGAGCCGGACCCAAAUUAUGCGGAAAUUGAACGCCAGGCCGAAUUCGAAUCUCGUCCCGGAAUGCUCGUCCUUUGAAUAUCUCUCGGACGAGUACUGGCGUUGCCACGUGAGAUACUACACGAUGACGAUUUAUCAUCCGAGCGGGACCUGCAAGAUGGGGCCUGCGGAAGACAAGAUGGCGGUCGUGGACGCCAGGCUCCGCGUCCGCGGAAUAGCAGGGCUCCGCGUUAUCGACGCGUCGAUAAUGCCGAACAUCGUCACCGGGAAUACCAACGCACCGACGAUAAUGAUCGCCGAGAAAGGCGCCGACAUGAUAAAGGAAGACUGGGUCGGGAUGAGGAGUCCGGAAGUCGAGGAAAGAUUGAUCCAAAAGAAGAGGAGGAAAUUGCUGCGCGAAGCGAGGAAGAGGUGGAAAAAUCGGGGAAAUUCUUCGGCCCUUUCGGGAAAAGAUAAGGAAGAGGAGGAUGGAAAUGGCUGCGAAAUGGAGGAACGAGAAGAGACGUGGCGGAGGGAGGUGGAGACGACUUUCCUUCAAUUCGAGGAAAUCAAGAGGCAGCUUUUGAAGAGCAAUUUGGACGAGAAAACCAGGGAAACGGUGGAAAGGAUUGCGAAAAAGUUGAAGAAGCAGGGAAAUUCCUCCUCGGGGGAGAGAGGAGAUUCUUGGGAGGAUUUGAUGACGAUUCUGGAAUUAUUUGACGAAGAGCUCGCGUCCUCGGAAUCUAAUUCCAGAAAGAAAUCGAGAAAGUCGAAAAAAAGAAGGCGUCCGACUUUACGCUAUUUAAGUACUUAUUUAGGCGCGAGGGAUAAUGAAAAUUGAAAGUAAAAAGGCGAU